GUACUAGUACUAAGGCUGAUGGCCUUAUUCGGGAAUCAGGGAAGCAUGAAGUGCUAAACUGUGAAAUGGCGAAAGAGAUAAGGUUCUCUACUGAUUCUCCACAAACCCAUCGAUUCAGUUGGCUUUGUUGUUUGCACUUUGCCCAGACCACAUCUCCAUGAGAAAUUAGGAACGGAGGAUGUGUCGCUGAUUGAAGGUUGUAGUCAUGCGCCGCGCCUGGUGAGUGUCUCCACGAUGUGGAACCGCCCCGUCUCUGUCGGGCGCCGGGCCAUGACUUGGCGUGGCCGUUGACCACCAUUUCCUUCAUCUGCCAUCCCUGGGCGCUACAUCUCGGAGGGAAAUGUUGUGCCAGCAGCCUAGGCCACGCUGCGCCGGAGGACGCCGCUUCUCCGGAUGCUAGACGAUUUGCCGCCGCUGAUGGAUACGAGGGAUUGUGUGCCUCGCGUUAUGUGCCGGAGGGCGCUAUCGUUGGCCUGAUCGACGCCUGGUCAUGGCCGCUUCGGGCUGGUGCGGGAGGCCGCCCAUCUCCAGACCAUGCUGUGCCCCGCCGCCGUACCUCACAUCCAGAGAAGAAACAACUCGCCAGAGGGCCACAACGUGCUUUGAAGAUUGACGCCGCCAGCCCUGGGUCGGGUCGGAUACGCCUCCGCGUCGAGGCCGAAGGCCAUGGCUACACCGUGAGCGUCGUCUGAUGCGCCGACAGGCACUGCCGUCGGGCGUGAAGGGCGAGGCGCCGAGGCUUCUUCCGGAUGCCUGCAGGCAAGAAGGCCUCUCACUUCCGGCCAAUGGCCAUCUUCAUCGACGCAGGGUAUGCCGCAACGCCGCUUCUAUGUUGUUCUUUCUCUGGCCUAAGAGCAUCUUCAACAGGCGCCUAAAAACUGCUCCGCGCGUUAAAAUAUUCGUUUUUUGGGCGCCGGGCUGCUCCAGCAGAAGCUGCAAAACGCUGCGCGCACUAAAAAUUUCUGGGCGCGCGCUUAAAAACGCUAUCGCGCGCAGCAUAUUUGGUGCGCCGGCUUGCGCGCGCACCAAACUCUGAGCGGCUGCAGAUGGGACCGCUGGAUCAGCGCGGAUUGGGCGCCGCACUAGCGCGCGUCUGUUGGAGAUGCUUCGGUCCCCGCGCUGUAAAACUGCUACAGUGGCGCGCUAAAAAAAAUAUUGGGCGCGGAUUUUUUACGCUGUCGUUGGAGAUGCUUAAUCGCUCUCGGCGGAGAGAAGUGCCGAUAACGUGUUUCGAAAGGAAAUCAAAUGAUCAAAGAGUAAUCUCAUUAACUGAAGAUGAGGGUAUUUAUACCCUAGUACAGAGACGGUAAUUACAUAGAUGGUAAGUGACGGUUGCUAAACUCCACAACCGCCUUAAGCAUUGAUUACUAGAAUUAAAUUAAUUUUUAACAGUUGGCAUUUUUUCUCUUAUUUUUUUUUUAUAUUUUCUUUUGAGCGUGCUUGUGCUGUCCGCUCCAGCGUUGAUCGGAAUGUUAUAUCUGAUGAUUGAUAUAUCCAUAUAGCAGGGCGAUAGCCUAUUUCGAGAGACAAUUGUUUGGGGUUGGACACUAAUUAAUCUACUAAAUAAUUAUAGUUUCUAACAGUGAGAAAAGAGAGUUGUCGAGGUCAAAGGAAAUGAGGUUCGAUUGGGUUGAGGCCAUCCCAGAUAAAACUAAAGGGAAAAGUGACCUGAUGGGUCCCACGCAUCGAGAUUAGUGCAUCCGAUCGGACGGCCCACCACACACCUCCAAAUCCUAUAGAUCUGACGUGAGAUUUAUAUCAAUUCCGAAUUUUUAAACAUCUCGUUCCAUUCCUCUGUUUUAAACACUUUAGUUGCAAGCUUGCCGAUAGCUACAGAGCGGGUUAGGCGACCACGACCGAGAAUUUUGUUUAUUCGCACUCCUCUUAGCUUUUGCAAACUGGUGGCUAGCUAGCAAGCUCAACGUGCCAGGGCUGUUUCCAUGAGCUGCAGUCGUGAUGCCUAGAGCAAGACCGCGCCUGUCCCCCCUUGGGAAAAGCUUCUCUUGAUCAGACUAGCCGGCCACCAAGAAUUUCUUGUUCCCGGGCUGGGGCGCGCGGCAUGCCGCCGCCGCCGUCGUCGUCACCGCCACGCACUUCUCUAGCGCGCGCGGCCGGACCACCGGUUCAUACGUGCCGAUCGACCCACGAGAGCUGUGCCUGCGCUGCCGCCGUCGGCAUGGACGAGGACGACGUCGCCGGCAGCCACGGCGGCCGGGGCGGAGGCUGCCCGUGCCUGCCGUUCUGCUUCUGGGGCUCCAGGGUACCGGCCGCGCCGGAGGGGCGGAGGCGUCGCCGGCGCAGGUUCAGGCUCAGGCUCAGGCUCAGGCUCAGGCUCAACCUGUCGUGGCUCUCGUGGCCGUGGCUCAGGAAGAGCAAGAGCUCGGAGGCGGGCGGCAAGAACAAGGGGAAGCGGAGGAGGAAGCUGCUGCUGCUCCUGCUCAGGUCGCUGCAGGUCAAGAAGGCGCUCGCGUCCGUCUCGUCGGGAGGCAGCUUCUUACCAAAGCUGCAGGUUGGCGGCUCCGGCGGCGCCAAGAAGCAAAAACGGAGCAACCCAUGGCAAAAGGUCGACGAUGACGCUGCACCAACCACAAGCUGCGCUAAAGAGACGGGGCCUGCACGGCCGGAGAUGAUCAGCCCGCCGUUCCCCAGGCCCACGGAUGGCGUGUGGCGAGCCCCGUCGUCUAGGUUCCACUCGCUCCAGCUUGACCGUGGCAGCGCCAAGCCUUCCACAGGUGGUCUGUGGACGGCGGCCACGACGCUGGGCGUGAUCGUGUUCUUCGGCCGUGUCACCGCGGUGUUCUUCUUGUGCUCGUGCAUGUACGGGGCGCGGUGGUUCGGGGCAGCGCAGGCCGACACCAGGGGCAGCAUUGCCAGUGCCGGUAGCAGCCGGAGGCUCGGCGAUCGGGUGGCACUGGACUACUUGUGGGCGGAGGAGCACAAGAAGAAGGUGGUCAUGUGUGGGCUGCUGGACAGGGCCGGCGGCAAGAGACCAUCGUCGCGCUUUUGUAUAUAGUGGUCAUGUCUGACAGCAGCCGCUGGUGGUGUAAAUUGUUGGGUUUGGAGUGGUUUUGGGAUAUGGCAUGCCAUAUUGGGCUUAUUUCCCACAUUGUUUGGUUAGAUUUGUACGUAUGUAAUAGAGCUGCCAACUGUAGAAAUCAGUUUUGAUGGGACAUUUGUGGAGUGAAGUAGAGAAAUUUAACUACAUGUGAAC